AUGCUCGAGCUGCUGCAGUCGUAUACCGGCAGCCCCACGACCACUCUCUACUCCCUCGCGCUCCCCCGCGAGAUCCUGCUGCUCUAUCCUUCAGGAGACUCUGUCGUGAUUCUGAAUGCUCGCACGCUCGUCUUCGUUCGUGCGCUCGCCUUCUGGGAGGCAUUUCCUGGCACACGCCAUCGGAAGGACCCAAUCCAGUGUCUUACCAUCGAUCCCGGGAUGAAGCUCGCGGUCGCAUCCAUGGGCUCGCGUGUCGCCGCGUGGUCCCACUCCGGCGUGCACAGCGACGCCUGGCGCCUACACUCAACACUGCUCCUGCCCGAGGAUGACCCGGUCACGGCCAUUGACUGCAAAUCCGGGCUGCUCGCGGUCGGCACCCGCUCCAGCCUCUCCGUGUACACGCUUAUCCUGGAGAAUGACCUCCUGACGUGGUCGCAGAAGUGGAAAUGCUUCAUUGCGACUCCUGCGUGUGUGCGCUUCUCGCCGUCUCUUAUGUAUAUUGCUGCUAGUUUUCUGCAUAAUAAUAUCGUCCGAAUAUAUUCCACGGCUUCCGGUCGACAAACGCAAGCUAUCCCGCAUCCGCGACCCUUGACAGAUAUUGUCUGGCGCAGACCACAAGCCACAAGCCGUGAUGACCCGAUCCUCUACACCACCACAUCAGACGGCACCCUCCGCAUCUUCCUGCCCGUCCUCGACGUGCCGCAGUACAUGCAGCUACAUGCCGCCCUUGACGCAGCGUCUGCGUUUCCCUUCCCCACCGCCCCCACUACCUCCAGCAUAUUCCCUCUCGACAGGGACGCCGUGUCGUCCGCGCUCACCGAAGUACUGGCGGGUGCUCAGUCUGAGUCCGAGGACGCACGUAGUAGACGCGUCAGGGAGAUCGCAGAGGAGGGGUGGGACCUCUUUCUCCGCGUCCUCGCAGACGGCUCGCUCGUCGUCCAAGCCGUUGCCAACAUCAACCGCCGACCGCCAACGCUGCUGAAGCAGUUCACCCUGCUCCGCUCUCCGCCAGGGCUCCUCCUUGGAAAUAGGCCGCCGACGCAGCUCUUCAUCAUCCCCGCUCCCUCCGGCGGCUCUACACCUACGCUCACACUUGUGACGGCCGCCCCGCUCGCGUCGUACACACUGUCACCUCUCCCGUUCUUCGACGCCCGCGCGGACGGGCUCCGACUCCUCGCACGUGCGGUGGAGGAGGAGACGGGCGCGCAAACACUGAGAGAGAUUGUGCGGUUUGUUAGGACGCCGGAGGGAGAGGGCGUCGGGGUGUUGUGGGAGGACGGGAGUGGAAGGACAUGGGCCGUGGGCACCGGUGGGAAGGAGAAAGGUAUGAGUUUGGUACGGAGAGGAAUUUGGAAGGCAGACGCGUUUGGGUCAGCGGACCAGCUUGUUGUCCUCGAUAGUGGCAGAAGCUUCGUGACAUACGCCUCGUCAACCAAUCUACUAACUCUACACACUCUGGACGAUGCCCCUGCUACGCUCACGGUUCCACCCCUGCUUUCGCUUUUCUCCUUGUUCUCACCUGGGUCGAACUUCGCACUCAUCGGAAUAACACCGUCUCAUGAGGUUCUCUUGUUCACCCUUGUCCCGCUGUCGCUGUAUUCGCGACGCGUCUUGCCUCUCGGUAUAAAUACAUCCCUGAAAGUAAUAUUGCCAGUAGACCCGAUGGCGUGGAGCGGACCAUAUGCGCGCGCAGCGAGCACCGAGGAGCACGACGUCCUACUGAGCGUAUCGGUGGAUGGCGAGCUGGCUUUUUGGGUGCCCGGUGAGGAAGUAACGGGCAUGGUCAGUGUCGCGGCCGUGAACGGUGUGCGGAACGGCAAGGAUAAGGGCAAUGGCUGGCGGUGUACGGGGCGGGUUAAGACGGGGCGAAGGGGGCUGAGCAUGGCCGGAUGCAGCUCCGCGAAGAAGUCUGUCCUCAUUGUGCCCGGGAAGGACGGCCAGGAACUGACGAUCUGGGACUCGAAGGAGUCCGAGUUCGCUUCGGGCUUGGAGUACCGCGAGAUUUUCGAUUCCUCCGAUCCCAUUCAAGACCUCGACUGGACAGCAACCCCGGAUGCCCAGUCCAUCCUGGCGGUCGGAUUCGCGCAUCGUGUCGAAGUGCUGUGCCAGCAGCGCAUGACGUACUUCGACGAAACACCAGCAUGGGGCCGCUGCUGGACGAUUGAUGUUGGGAGCAUGAUCCCGCACCCAAUUAAUGACUCAAUUUGGCUCGCGCGGGGCGCUCUCCUUGUCGGCGCCGGGCAUUUCAUGGCUCUCUUUGGGCAACCGCAGCCCGUACUUGAGUCAAGCGCGUCGGAAGAGAGCCUGUUCGAGCAUGUGGCGCGCUACAAUGGCCCGCUGGAAGAUUACCACCCGCAGAUGGUCCUGCAAUGUCUACUCUGGGAAAAGGUGGAGCUCGUCAAGAAGAUCAUCGUGAACCUCGCGCGGAAUCUGGAGAGCGGCAAGGAUGUUGAGGAAUGGCGGUGUGUACCGUUCGAAGAGUUCUUCCAGAAGGAUGAGAUGGCUAGGGCUGAAUCUGUCCAUAAGCAACAGUACUCACUGCUUUUCAGUGUUCCAGAGACCAGAGAAGUGUCUGAUGACGAUCAGUUCUCCCGAUCACUCGUCAAGCAACUCAUAGAGCGACUCGAGGAGCAGCCGUUGCCGCAUCUGACCUCCAACGAGCACGCGUCUCUACUGGUGCUGAUACAGGCUACUCUGGAGAUUCAAGAGCAACGACGGGCCCUCGACGCGAACGGGCUGAGAUACCUCAUCUCUACGCGGAGUUUUGUUAUCCAGAACCGCCGCUUGUCUCUGCCCAACACGCCUGCGUCCAACGGCAACGGUGCGCUGGCUGGACGCAUUCGCCCGCGUGCGCGGUUGCGGUACCGCGAUAUGAUCUGGGCGUUCCACAGCGAGAGCCAGGACUUACUCCUCUCGACGUCUGUUGCGGCUUGCGGUGGAAAGAUGACGUGGACAGAUGCACGCGCUCUAGGUGUUUUCAUAUGGAUGCACUCCGGAGAGCCAAUGAGAGCGCACAUGGAAGUCAUCGCGCGGAAUCAAUAUAUGGCCGGAGACAACCGUGAUCCAACAGAGUGUAGUCUGUUCUACUUCGCUUUGGGGAAAGGCAAGCUUGUACAUGCGCUCUGGAGACAGGCAGCUUGGCACAGGGAACAAAAUGUGAUGCUCAAGUUUCUGAACAAUGACUUCACGCAGCCUCGUUGGCAAACAGCAGCGUUGAAGAAUGCGUUCGCGCUUCUAAGCAAGCGGCGGUUCGAGUAUGCUGCGGCAUUUUUCCUCCUCGGGGGAAGUCUGAAAGACGCAGUGAAUGUUUGUAUCAAGAACUUGUCGGACUUCCAGCUCGCAGUUGCUCUGGCUCGUGUGGUAGAGCAAGACGACGAUGGGCCAAUCUUUCAGGACAUCCUAAUCAAUACUGUAGUUCCGCUUGCCUUCAAGGAAGGCAAUAGAUGGCUAGCUAGCUGGGCAUUCUGGUUACUCCACCGCCGCGAUCUCGCGGUGCGGAUCCUCGUCACUCCGCUACAGGAUAUAGCAUCUGUCCUGGAUGUACGGCUGACGGAAAUCGGCGACCCUCAUUAUGAUGACCCGAGCUUGGCGCUGCUGUUCUCGCAACUUAAGUUCAAGACUCUGCAGACUGCCAAGGGUACGAGCGAGAUUUCCGGACGCACAGAAUUCAACUUCGUACUCCAAAUAGCUCGCGUCUUCUGCAGGAUGGGGUGCCACGUCUUGGCUCUGGACUUAGUUCGGACGUGGUCGUUCCAUAGGCCAUCGACUGUCGUUCACGACGGUCGACCGCUACGGCGACCACCUAGUCCAAUAUCUACCCGUUUUGCCCUAGAACCCGCGUUGCGACGCAAGUCUUCCAUUUUCAUCGACAUGGACGUGACCACUGCUCCUCCCACCCGCAGAGCCUCCCCAACGCCGCAGGUCACCAACGGAUUGCCUGCAGUUGGACUACCUUCAACGGUCUCAGGCGAGGAAAUGAAGGAGGAGAGUGACUUCAUUGCGCGGAAGGCUGGUCUCGGAAGCUUGAUGAAGUCUGCGAAGCAGGAUGUACAAGUACCGGAGUUCAGUAUGGACGCUUUUUUCUGA